GCUAGACCGUGACGACAGAGUGUGGUUUGUAAACCGGCUGCUGGAGACAAAGUGCAGCACGCGCCGCUCCGUUAGAACAUAAAUCGCGGAUCAUCCUCGAGGAGCCUUGAUGUCUAUCUCCUCCAGUGCGCAUCUAAAAUGCACUGGUAGUGUUAAAAAGUGUACUAUUCUGGAAGCUACUUUCCGUUAAGGUUAAGAUAUAUCCAACUGGACUGCUCAAAUAUAGCCUAUCGGAGUGACUCACCAGGGAUGUAGUCUAGCCUAUGUGUGCCAUUCUAAUUUGUGUAAUGUUUAGGCAUUGGUUCAAAGUUUCUUUUUUAUAUAUGUGCGGCUGAACAUUGGGCAACACAAGCCAGGUCGACAAAGUUACCUAAACAAACAUGUCCUCGACUCUCAGCUCCCCAUCGCAGAACAACAGCAGUCUUUUCACUGCGAGCUACGAGAGGACGGACCUCACCGAGACGCAAAGACACAUAAGCAUGCUUCUCUUCGGCUUGUGCGUCGCCAUCGCCGCUGCUACCUUCGUGGGAGGUGUGUAUUCUCUCAUCUUUUUCAUCCAAAUGAGGUGGAAAACCAUCCUGUGGCUCAUCGUGGCUUCGAUGUCCGUGGACGAUCUGCUCAGCGUAAUACCUCUCUCCCUCUUCAUGCUCCUCCAGUGGGAGAGAGAUGGAGAGGGAGGGUCGGUGACCAUAUGCACUUUAUCGGGACUUCUCUAUGUGUUCCAAGGACUCUCCAGCAAUAUGAAGGCUUGCCUUAUUGCAGCCUACACCUUUUACGUUACUAAGCGAGAAAGAAGUCCUCGGCCGUUAAGCGUGAUGUGGGCGAUAGCCGGGGUGUGGGUAGUCAGCCUGACCGUCAGUGUACUACCCCUGUGCGGCUGGGGGAGUUUCAUCCCGGUCUCUCUAGGCUGUUUCCCAGAGAGCCACAGCUUUUACGUUCUGCUCCUUUUCUCUUUGUACUCCUUGUGUUUCUGCGGAUUGGUCUUAUUCUUCGUUCCUCUCACCUACCAGCUACUAUGUUCCAGGGAGCCACAGAGGACGUUCUACCCGAGCUACUUGGAUAUAGCCAGGGAUCUGACAGGGGACGGGUCUGCGCCUCUCUGCGACCUCCCGUCCUUCUCUCGGGAUAGCUUGGACAGAAGUUUCAGUGCCUACAACGAGCUGUGUCCGGUUGGGUCGGGGAAAGGGCUAGGGGUGCGGGGCCCAGUGGAAACAUAUACCUGCCCAACCCCUACCUCUGACGGUGUACUGAGGGAUGGAACCAUCAAUAACUGGGAAUCCCCUGCGUUCUUUGCACAAAAGCGCUUCUCCAUGAUCCUAGCGGUAGUGAGAGUUGUCUUGUGGAUGCCGAUGAUGACUCUGGUGCUCGUGCGUCAUGCUGUGAACGAGCGCAGCUCGUCCCUGGAAGCGGUGGAAACGGUGAGCUUCUUCCUGACCCUGCUGGCGCCUGCGGUCACGCCGGUGUUCAUGCUCUCCGAGCGCUGGAUCCACCUUCCGUGCGGGUGCUUCAUCAACUGCCGGCAGACAACAGAGCGUGAGCCCACCGCAAAGAAGAGGAGAUUGGAGUUUAACCUCUCUUUCCAACAAGGAUACGGAAUAUACAAGUUAUCCCACGCAACCAAACCCCACCACAGCCCGUCUGUCGAGAAGGCUUCCUAUCAAAACCUCUUCAACUUCACAGAAAACCAACUUGCUGUGCUGGACAGCUCCGGCGUCACGAGCCUGCAGGCCGAGCUCGAGUUCAUGACCCCACGUGAAGUAGACAGCUCCUCUCUGCACGAGCAUGGCGAGCUGCUUCUCGAGGAGGAGGCAGGUGGGGGAGAGGCCCUCGCGCUGGCAGACUGCCUCCAGUUUCCUCACGGUAACCACGGAGACCAGGACAGCUUCUUCUGUGGGCCCAGCUCCCGGGACUGCGAGGACCUCAACCUCACGGACACGUCGUCCGUGUUCGAGGGAACGGAACGGAGACUGUCGCAUGUAGAGUGCAGAAAAAUGGAGCUGACGGACUGGGAGUGGUGUAGGAGUAAAUCAGAGAGGACCCCCAGACAGAGAUCUGGGGGAGGUCUGGCCCUCCCUCUGUGUGCCUUCCAGGGCACCGUCUCCCUGCUCUCCCCCACAGGGAAGACCCUCUCCCUCUCCACCUAUGAGGUCAGCAGCGACGGCCUCACUAUCUCUCCCCACGCCGCCAAGAAGGUGGAGGUCUACCGCUCCAAGUCUGUAGGCCACGAGCCCAGUGCAGACGACCCCACCACCGGGGGCCCAGCCGGGGGAGUGGGGAUGGAGGUGGAGGUGGGAGAGGUGGCAAUGGGGGACACAAACGUGAAGAUCCACCUGGAGGUGUUGGAGAUCUGUGACAACGAGGAGGCCAUGGACAGCGUGUCCAUCAUCUCUAACAUCAGCCAGUCGUCCACCCACGCCCGCUCCCCGUCGCUGCGCUAUUCUCGGAAGGAGAACCGCUUUGUGUCCUGUGACCUGGGGGAGACAGCCUCCUACUCACUGCUUAUCCCCAAUAGUGGCAACCCCGAGGCGGACAACAUCAACAUCAACAUCCCUGACACGGUGGAGGCCCACCGGCAGAACAGCCGCAGACAGAAACAGGAGACAGGAGGCUACCGCGAGGAGAUACAGCUGCUCAACGAAGCCUACAGGAAGCAGGAAGAGGACAGAGAAGACUGAUACACACACAUGAAGCAGGAAGUGGACAUAGAAGACUGAUAACCACACAAAGAAAGCAUGAAGUGGACAUAGAAGACUGAUACACACACACAGGAAGCAUGAAGAGGACAGAGAAGACUGAUACAUCACAGGAAGCAGGAAGAGGACAGAGAAGACUGAUACACACACAAAGGAAGCAGGAAGAGGACAGAGAAGACUGAUACACACACAAAGGAAGCAGGAAGAGGACAGAGAAGACUGAUACACACACAAAGGAAGCAAGAAGAGGAAAGAGAAGCCUGAUACACACACACACACACACACACACACACACAAAUCAAAUACAUUUUAAUUUGUCACAUGCUUCAUAAAUAACAGAUGUAGACUAACAGUGAAAUGCUUACUUAAGGGCCCUUCUCAUAAAAAAGUGAAAUAUUAUUAAACAAAUAUAAAAAUUAUAACACAAGGAAUAUAUAGAAAAAUAAUAACACAAUGAGUAACGCUAACUUGGCUACAUACACGGUACCAGUACCGAGUCGAUGUGCAGAGGUACGAGGUCAUUUAAGUAUAUAUGUACAUAUAGGUAGGGAUAAAGUGACUAGGCAACGGGAUAGAUAAUAAACAGUAGCAGCAGUGUAUGUGGUGGGUCAGAAGAGACACACACACAGGAAGCAGGAAGAGGACAGAGAAGACUGAUGCACACACACAGGAAGACAACGAGGGGACAGAGAAUACUGAUGCACACACACAGGAAGACAACGAUGGGACAGAGAAUACUGAUGCACACACACAGGAAGACAACGAGGGGACAGAGAAUACUGAUGCACACACACAGGAAGACAACGAGGGGACAGAGAAUACUGAUGCACACACACAGGAAGACAACGAUGGGACAGAGAAUACUGAUGCACACACACAGGAAAACAACGAGGGGACAGAGAAUACUGAUACACACACACAGGAAGACAAUGAGGGGACAGAGAAUACUGAUGCACGCACACAGGAAGCAGACUGGAAAGACAUAUCCAGAAGGACUGACCUUUUAACUCUAUAUUUUAAGUGUAUAUUGUGACAAAACAUUAGCUGCCGCUGCCUAAGACUUCUGGGACACAUAUCCUGUGUCCAUUCUGUGCUUUAAACGUCCAUUAUGUGUAUAUGCGAUGAGGUGAGGUUAAGAGAAGUUGGUGCAGGAUUAAGUGAUGAGGUGAGGUGGAGAGAAGGUGGUGCAGGACUAAGUGAUGAGGUGAGGUGGUGCAGGACUAAGUGAUGAGGUGAGGUGGUGGAGGACUAAGGGAUGAGAUGAGGUGGUGCAGGACUAAGUGAUGAGGUGAGGUGGUACAGGACUAAGUGAUGAGGUGAGGUGGUGCAGGACUGAGUGAGGAGGUGAGGUGGUGCAGGACUAGGAUGAGGUGAGGUGGUGCAGGACUAAGGGAUGAGGUGAGGUGGUGCAGGACUACUUGAUGAGGUGAGGUGGUGCAGGACUAAGGGAUGAGGUGAGGUGGUGCAGGACUAAGUGAUGAGGUGAGGUGGUGGAGGACUAAGGGAUGAGGUGAGGUGGUGCAGGACUAAGUGAUGAGGUGAGGUGGUACAGGACUAAGUGAUGAGGUGAGGUGGUGCAGGACUGAGUGAGGAGGUGAGGUGGUGCAGGACUAAGGGAUGAGGUGAGGUGGUGCAGGACUAAGGGAUGAGGUGAGGUGGUGCAGGACUAAGGGAUGAGGUGAGGUGGUGCAGGACUAAGGGAUGAGGUGAGGUGGUGCAGGACUAAGGGAUGAGGUGAGGUGGUGCAGGACUAAGUGAUGAGGUGAGGUGGUGCAGGACUAAGUGAUGAGGUGAGGUGGUGCAGGACUAAGUGAUGAGGUGAGGUGGUGCAGGACUAAGUGAUGAGGUGAGGUGGUGGAGGACUAAGGGAUGAGGUGAGGUGGUGCAGGACUAAGUGAUGAGGUGAGGUGGUACAGGACUAAGUGAUGAGGUGAGGUGGUGCAGGACUGAGUGAGGAGGUGAGGUGGUGCAGGACUAAGAGAUGAGGUGAGGUGGUGCAGGACUAAGGGAUGAGGUGAGGUGGUGCAGGACUAAGGGAUGAGGUGAGGUGGUGCAGGACUAAGGGAUGAGGUGAGGUGGUGCAGGACUAAGGGAUGAGGUGAGGUGGUGCAGGACUAAGUGAUGAGGUGAGGUGGGGCAGGACUAAGUGAUGAGGUGAGGUGGUGCAGGACUAAGGGAUGAGGUGAGGUGGUGCAGGACUAAGUGAGGAGGUGAGGUGGUGCAGGACUAAGGGAUGAGGUGAGGUGGUGCAGGACUAAGUGAGGAGGUGAGGUGGUGCAGGACUAAGGGAUGAGGUGAGGUGGUGCAGGACUAAGUGAUGAGGUGAGGUGGUGCAGGACUAAGGGAUGAGGUGAGGUGGUGCAGGACUAAGGGAUGAGGUGAGGUGGUGCAGGACUAAG